GUUAAGAAGAGAGCCGGCUCCGUAGGACGGAAUAACUCAGAGUUAAAGCUUAAGUUACUCCGAUAACCACAAAUCCUGCUUCGCAGUACCUGAAACAGUCGCCACCUCUCGCUCCUGCCCCCCUAUUCUUCUUCGUCGGCUCUAGUUUCACUGCGUCUCUACUCGCGUACUUACGGUAGAUCCCUCCGCCACACGGAAGAAAGGCUCCAGUUAGCCCUUAGCAACACAAACACACAGAUGUAGCCCUUUCGUUGCUAGUGCGUCGGUUCUCCUAGCGAUCAAAGAAAGAAUCACAGCGCGGAUAGGAACCUCUCAAUUAUUCAUUUAUUAAUUCAUGGAACUAAAUGUUUCUCUCUCCCCCUCCAGACAUCGCUUGUUGUCCGCGAACAUGGCGACGUGCGCUCCCUUCCAGACGCAGCUGUCCUCGAUCAUGGAGGUGCUGGUGAAGGCGGCGGUGGCGGAGAUAUCCAAGCUGGUCGAUGACAAGUGUGCGUGUCUGCACCUCGACAUAUCCCGCCAGCAGAGCGAGAUCGAGACGCUGAGGAGGAAGCUGACGACGGCGGAGAGGAAGAAUGCGCAGCUGCCGCGCGGCUUCGAGAACUACAUGGACCGAGGAACUGACGUCGGCAGCAACUGUCCACAUCCCACCGGAGACAUUAAGUUUCCAGAGAUCGAAGAUGCAGCUAUUUCCUUCACCAUUAAAGAAGAGAGUCCAGAUGAGCCGCUGUGGAUCAGUGAUACUGCUGGACCGGUUGGUGGACCCGUGCAGUACUCUAAUCCAGGUAAUGCUCAAGAAAGCCAGCAGCUUGAAGGGGACCAUCGGUUAGCCCAUCCAGAGGUCGCCAGGCUGAAAACAUCACAGUUCAGUGACCUGUACAACUCUGGGCAACACGCAGCAGAGAUCGGGGGCCUUCACUUCACUGUCAAGACAGAGAAGGACGAGGGCCGAUCGGGAUUCAGUCAGGACGGAUGCCAGCAUGGCGCAGGGAAGCCGACUCAACUCGCCGCCGACUUUUCCAUGGACGAGAGAGAAAAUCAACUCUGGUCGUCCAUUAUCGAAGGCAACGACAUCGACGCCGGGUUCCCCGACUUUUCCAGUAUGGUAGAGGAGUAUUCCAACACAUUCCCCGAACACUCGGACGCCAGUGUGGCUUCCAGCGCUGGCAAGUCGACGAGUGUCCAGCAGUCGUCCUCUCAGAGGCCGUGCAACGGGAUCUACGGCGGUGAGUAUCAGAAGGACGCUCCGCAGUCGUCCGGUUUUCAGGGCAGACCUCAGGGUUCUCUCUCGCAGAGAAACGCGUCGCACGUAGCGCACCUGAGGCCACCCGACGAGCACCCCGAGAGGGACGCCGCGGCUGGGGACAGACCGGUCGUAACCCACUCCCACGGCGGCUUCGCGCCGGGCGGCUACCACCCCCACAAGACUCUGUCCGGCGCGGCGCGGGGCUACAUUUGCCUGCAGUGCGGGAAGACGUUCGGCCGCCUGCACCAGUUCAAGCUGCACCAGCAGAGCCACAGGCGGAAGCGCUCGUUCUGGUGCACGGUGUGCGGCAAGAGCUUCCAGUGUUCGUCCCACCUCAGCAUACACCACCGGACGCACACGGGCGAGAAGCCGUACGGCUGCGGGCAGUGCGGCAAGCGGUUCACGCAGCAGAGCAGCCUGCGGGUGCACCAGCGCACGCACAGCGGCGAGCGGCCCUACAGCUGCGCGCAGUGCGGGAAGACCUUCAUCCUGAUGCACCAUUUGAAACGGCACAGAAUCAUUCACACGUACAGCUGAGGGGGCGAUGUGCGUGCGAGGUUGUGUCGCUCAGACGAAAAGGCAAUGAACAAAUGAACCUUUUAAAAAAACAAAAUCAGAAAAGACGAGCGGCAACUUUCUUCUGAUUCGCAACCUCGUGGACUUAAUCACAGACUAAUGCAUAUUUCACUAUGCAAAAUCCAUCUGGAUCGGAUUUUGAAGUUUUCUUCUUUUUUUUAAUAAAUACUUCUUUCAUUAAUUAAACUUAAUUGCGCCCUGUGAACAGAGUUCACACGUCAGCAUUUUAAAAGAGACUUCCGACGCUAGAAAUCCCAAAAAACAAGGUGUCAUUUAAAAAACAACGUCCUGCAGUUUAUCUGUGCACAAACGACUUCUUCAGUCGUAGACAAACUCUGCUUCAGCUUCUCGUGUAGAGAUGAGCCUUGUUUCAUCUCAGUGCUGACACCAGAAGCACAAGUUGCUCAUCGUUCCCAUCGAGUUCAGCUUUACAGUCGCUAGUGGCUCUUCGCUUUCAAUGCCAUUGACGGACGUCUCAGGUUCACGUGUCGAUGUCUAACCUGCCUGACUACUGUUCCCGCCAUAAACCCCUUUGCUAUUUGUCAUGAUUUAUAUUAAAGCAUUGUUAAAAUCAA